AUGACUAGGUCCAACAUUACGAAGCUUGGCCGUGCUGUCGGUCGAGGGCUGCAGGCCCGCGCUGUGACGGCAAUGCGCCCAGCGUACACGCAGAACUUUGCACAGAGACAGACAAAUGUUUUGCGCACUUCCACCGCCGCAUUCUCGACCAGCUCGGCCCUGUUCAGACCCAUCUCUGCCGAGGCCUUGAAGACGGCGCAGCCCGCCCAAAUCACCGACGAGCAGUACCACAAGUUGGCAGAUCAGUAUCUGGACGACCUCUUGGUCACGUUUGAGGAGGAGCAAGACGCCAAGGAUGAGAUUGACGUCGAAUACAGUGCCGGUGUGAUGAACAUCAAGUACCCGCAAGGAACCUACGUGAUCAACAAACAGCCCCCGAACAAGCAAAUCUGGCUCUCUUCUCCCAUCUCCGGCCCGAAGCGCUACGACUACGUCAUCAUUAGUGAGGGACAGGAAUCAAAGCAGGACACGGCCACUGGCGGAUGGAUCUACCUCCGAGACGGCACGUCUCUGAACGAGCUUCUGCAAGAGGAGACGGGCAUCAACCUCGAAGCAUUAGAUGGUGACUCUGUCGAGUCUCUAUAA